AUGACUCACUCACCUGAGUCCUGGGAACAUGAAGGAUGCUGAGUUGGCAAAACCUCCUGAAAAGAUAAGAUGAGACAAACAUCCAAAGUGCUGGUGUGACGCCUCCAGAUCAGCAGGGAGCUCGUCCAGGUCCCUUUGCCUCGCUCACGACUCGCAGCGCUCACCACAGGUGGAACUGACUCACCAUGACGUACAGGACGCUGGUGAUGUACCUGGAGAUCGGCUGCUUCGUGUCGUGUCUGUGCGGCUGGAUCCUGGUGUGCUCCACGCUGCCGACAGAGUACUGGACCUUCUCCGAGGUGGGCAGCAUCGUGCUGACCACCUCCAACUACUACUCCAAUCUGUGGAAGGACUGCAUCUCCGACACCACGGGGGUGUCCGACUGCAAGGACUACCCCUCCAUGCUGGGCCUGCCGGUGUAUCUCCACGCCUGCAGAGCGCUGGCAGUCUGCUCCGUCAUCACCGGCUUCUUCGGAGGCGUCCUCACCCUCGUUGGGAUGAAGUGCACUAAGAUCGGAGGCUCAGAGAUCGCCAACGCCAGAGUGACCUUCGCCGGCGGGAUCACGUACCUGGUGUCAGGAUGCUGCGGGAUGAUCACCUACUCGUGGUGGGCCAACAAAGUCAUCAGAGAAUACUUGGAUCCACAUUUCAGGGCUCAGAAGUUUGAACUGGGAGCUGCGAUCUUCAUUGGCUGGGGAGGAUCCGUGCUCCUGCUGAGUGGAGGCACGGUGCAGAGCUACUUCUCUGGAAAAGAAGGUCUGCCAUCAAGCAGUUCCUCUAAACGGCCCCUGAGACCCGGCACGUACGCCACGGCCCGGACCCGACGGACCUACAUGCUGCCGGCCACGUCCUCCAGACUCGCUCUGGGGCCGCCGCUGUUCUACGAGGGCAGGAAGAGCCGAGAGGCCGGAGCCACGGCGUCAAGGGGGGGCCGCACCUUCAGCAGGGACAGCUUCCUCUGA